AUGUCAUCGUCAGCGGCUGAUGACGAGGUCGGCCAGGUCGGCUCAAUUGGGCCUACCGCCUGGUACAAAACCCUCCAUGCCCUGCACGUGGAUCUCGUGGGCGAUUUUGCCGGCAAGGAGCUGUUCGCCAUCCAUGGUGACGCCUUGAUGCUGUACUGCAUCACCAAAGCCAAAGUGGAUCUUGAUAGUGGAUUCCAACUUCUGCACGCCAUCCAUGCCGUCGAGAGCUUCUUGCAAAAGCUCUAUGAACGCGGCUUGAACUUCCACGUCAUCUGGUUUCGUGACCAAAAAGCGCUGUGCUUGGCUCGUGACGCGUCUGAUGUGCUCUCGUCCAAGUACCUGUUGAUACGGGCAGUCUUGAUAUCACAUCUCAAUUACCAACAGUCGUCACAGAAUGAUGUCGACUCCGAGGCCGCCAAGACGAUAUCCUUCGAGUUUGAAGACCUGGACAGCCCGUCUUUCCAUCGCUAUCUCGCCAACAAUGCCGUUCAUUGUUUCAUGUGCCUCGAUGCUCCUGCCUUCGGGGCUUGCCCCAGCAGCUCAGAAGAGGCAUAUGUGAGCAUCGCUCACGAUUUCGCAGCGAGGGGGUUCUGUGUCUGCUUCCUAGACAGCGUCGGGUUUUCAAGCUCAAGAGUCCGUGCCUCAGUCGUUUCGCCCUCGCCAAAUCUGCAGCGCGUGCCACUAAACCUGCCUGAGACUCCCGCGCGGGACAGUGAGCACGCCACCACUCUUUCAGAUGGAGAUCGAAGUGCCACAGAGGCGUGGUCACCAUGGGAAGACGGCCAAGAUCUGACACUUCGGGAGGCAAUCUCAUUACAUGCACUCGCCAGCAUGGCGACCACGCAUCGAGAAGAUCUUACCAAAUUUUUGAUCUUCGCUUCGGCCUUGAUCAUCCAUCUUGCGCUCCUCCGACGUCUACCGCUCUCGCAGCGAUCUUUCAGUGCCGUCCAAGAUCAAGGCGAUGCUGACACGGAGGCUCUCUUGGCAGAAUUUUCAAGCACAUGCACCGGCUUACUUGACCAGUUCUCACCUACUCUCCAUCGGGAUCACAUUGAUCUCUUGGAUGGCAGGCUUCUCAAAUACGUCUUGAGCCAGAAGCCACAGCUCCCUAGGUCUUUGGUCGCAGAGGUCCAUGCAUUUGCGAAUAAGAUCAAGGAACUGACAAGUGUCAGUAUGGAGAGCUGCCUCCCUGCUCUCAACACAGCAGCAGAUCUUGUUCAGCAUGACAUCGAGGACAGCGAGGAAUCCAUUCGUGACAACGGCGUUCUCCCUUUCAGUCAGCCUGCGCUUGACGACUACCUGCGAGAUAUCCAUCUUGUCCCGACCGACAUUUCGGAGAAGGAGAGCCUUCCUAAGAUCUUCAGGGAGCUGACGCAUUGGCACAACGCCCGUGUCUCGGUUGCUAGCAAACGUCUGCCGCCGCCCAAGAAUUGGCGGGAAAUGAGGGCCGACCAGAAGAUGAUGGCCAGCACAAUUGCAUACUCAGCAAGUCUCACCAAUGCCUCUGGUAAAAGAAUCGAACCUGAAGUCAUCAUUGGAGGCAUCAACCGGGACCAGAACGCGGUUCCAAGGAAGGAUGCCAAAAAAGAAGCCAAAAAAGAGAGCGAAGAGAACAAAACUUCAAAACAACCCGCGCAGAAAGGUGGGAAGAAGGGCAAGGCAAAGAGCGGCAAGGAACUGGCCAUGGAAGCUCGCCAAGCUCUGCAGGACAAGAAGGCCUCUUCAAAAACGAAUGAUAGGCUGGUCUUCUGGGAGCAGCAAUGCAAACAAUUGACCCAGGAGAAGAACCUGGUCAAGAGAUAUCUCAAAACCAUCAAGUAUCUCAAUGCUUUGUCUGGCGAUCUGGCAUCGUCAAUCGGGGCAGAAGUCUCUCUGUAUGCUUGCAACGUUUUAGCUGCCAUACUUGUCCAAGUGGGUGAUGCACCUGAGACAAGGAAAAGCAUUACCGCCCUGAUCUGGUCCAUUGUCCGAAGUAUCGACAAUUCCUCUCUGAGCCCACCCACUGCCAAGAUGCUCAAUAUUCUUGCCACGUCUUUGCAGGUUCCAGUCGAGUUCACGACUGACCCGUCAUCGUCCGCGACUCGAAAACUGCCCUUCUCUUGUGUCUUCGAUGCCAAGAUUGGAGUACCCAACCUGGCCCCUGUCAAUGUUGACUUUCAACUACAGCACUGCGGGCCGUUCCUCGAGCGAAGCUUCGAUCCGGCUCCCGACCCACGUGUGCCUUUCAACCCCGACGGGUGGCAGCGGACUGUUCUGGAUGCCAUCGAUGCAGACAAGAGCCUCUUUGUUGUUGCACCAACGUCGGCUGGUAAAACUUUCAUCUCUUUCUACGCCAUGAGGAAGGUGUUGAAGGAAAGCGAUGACGGUGUGCUCGUCUAUGUGGCCCCGACCAAGGCUCUCGUCAAUCAGAUUGCUGCGGAGAUUCAAGCGCGGUUCACGAAGUCUUACAAGCAUGACGGACGGUCAGUCUGGGGGAUUCAUACUCGCGACUAUCGAGUAAACAACCCAGCCGGAUGCCAAGUUCUAGUUACGGUUCCACACAUCUUGCAGAUUAUGCUGAUGGCUCCGUCCAAUGCCGAGCAUGCAACCUCAUGGUCACGCCGAGUCAAGCGUAUCAUCUUCGACGAGGUGCACUCCAUUGGUCAAGCUGAAGACGGAGUAGUUUGGGAGCAGUUGCUGCUCUUGGCCCCAUGCCCCAUCAUCGCAUUGUCAGCUACUGUCGGAAAUCCCCUGGAAUUCAGACAAUGGCUUGAAAGCACAGCCAAGGCCAAAGGCUACGAAUUCGAGACCGUCGUCCACCAAACACGAUACUCCGACCUACGCAAGUUCUUGUGGCAGCCAUCCAAGGAUUACACAUUGGACUACCAGGAGCCUGUCGAGAGACUACCUGUCCCUGGGCUCGACGAUAACAGCUCAACGGCGUCACGAUUCCACCCAAUACACCCGGUGGCUACGCUCGUCAACCGCAACCGUGAGACUCUUGACGAUCUCACACUCGAGCCACGUGACUGCCUCUCAUUGUGGAAGAGCAUGGCCAAGCAUCAGAAUGCAAAUUACCCCCUCGACAAAAAGUUAAGCCCGCCAACUGUUUUCCCCAAGACUGCAAAAAAGGCAGACGUGGCAAAGUACGAGGCGUCCUUGAAGAAGACUCUCCAUUCCUGGAUGCUGGAUCGGGGCUCGCCAUUCGAAGCUGUGCAGAAGGACCUUAGACCUCAGUGUCAUGUUUCCGCAUCAUCGCGCCAAGAGCUUCAGGAAUCAGCCCUUCCACUCUUGACCGAUCUUCGCUCACAGGGUGCUCUGCCAGCUAUCCUGUUCAACUAUGACCGGGUCGCUUGCGAAGAGAUUGCGUUCCGUGUCCUUUCUGACCUUGAGGAGGCGGAGAAGGCAUGGAAGGCAACAGACGCGGGCUGGAAGAAGAGGAUAGCCAAGUUCGAGCAGUGGAAGAAGGAUCAGGCCAAGGCUGACGCGCUCAGACAAAAAACCACCAAGGCAAAAGCCAAGGGCAAACGGGACGAAGACGACAUCGGUGACGGCAGACUGGACGAUGACCCCAGUACGUUAACAAAUUUCGACCCGGACGCUCCUAUCGAGCGCUUCUCUCUCGGGGACGAGACCAAGCUCACACGGUCGGAGCUCGAGUGGAUGAUUUGGUCCUUGCGCUGGAAGAAUCUCAAUCCCGAUAUUUUGAAUGCGCUUCGCCGUGGUAUUGGCAUUCAUCAUGCUGGUAUGAACCGCAAGUACCGUCAAAUCGUCGAGAUGCUCUUCCGCAAGGGCUUCCUCACGGUCGUCGUUGCCACUGGCACCCUAGCUCUGGGUCUCAACAUGCCCUGCAAGACUGUUGUGUUCUUCGGAGACUCUGUGUUUUUGACCGCACUCAACUACCACCAGGCUGCGGGUCGUGCUGGUCGAAGAGGAUUCGACUUACUUGGAAACGUUGUUUUCGUUGGCAUGUCUCAAGAUCGAGUGUACGAGAUCAUGUCCUCCCGGCUGCCUGAUCUUCGAGGACAUUUCCCGUUGUCGACCUCGUUGGUACUGCGGACGCUUAGUUUGCUUCACCAUACCAAGAACUCUGACUUCUCUGUCAGCGCUGUACAAUCUCUGCUGUCGCAGACCCGUUUGUACCUGGGCGGACCUUCAGGUCAGCUUUCAAUAAAGCACCAUCUUCGUUUCUCCAUUGAGUAUCUUCGAAGACAGCACCUUCUUUCCGAGGAUGGUUCCCCACUGAACUUUGCCGGCCUCGUCGGCCAUCUUUACUUCACGGAGAACUCUGUGUUUGCGUUCCACUCCCUUCUGAAGGAAGGCUAUUUCCACAAGCUUUGUGACCAGUUCCGUACUGCAUCUGAAGCAACGCUUCUGGAACUUGUUCUUGUGCUCUCGCACAUUUUUGGCCGCAUAUCAACGAAUACCUUCAAGAAGGAUUGGAUGGCAGCAGUUACCAGGUCUGAUUCUAUCGUGUUUCUUCCGCCUUUACCGGCGGACGCACUACAGACUCUAAGGCAGCAUAACCAGGAGACACUUGAUAUUUUCAGGACGUAUGUCAGCACGUAUGUGAACCAGCACUUGGAAGACAAGCCAGACAGGCAUCUGCCUUUUACCAAAACCGAGGUCGGUGCACCAAAGAGUAAUCUUGGCCAAGCUGGUCUAGGAGGGAUUCUGGGAGAAGGUCACAACGCGCCGACGAAGCUCCGCUCACCUUUCCAUGCCCUCUCCGGGUUCUGUGACAACUCCUUUGGAUCCAUCCAUGAGCUUUGCGACACAGUUCGAAGUGAUGUCUUCCUCGAGGAGUCUGCCAUCCCCUACAUCCCACUCUUCCCUGACGACACCAACGGCGUGCCAUGGAACGCGUACAUCUACGACUUCUUCAAGCACGGAGAUAUGGAGGCCCUUGUCCGAGACAAUCACAUCAAGAAGGGAGACGUCUGGUUCCUGCUGAAGGACUUCUCACUGGUGCUGGCGACCAUCGUCACGAGCCUGACGAACUUCCUGGACCUUGAUGCCGGAGCAGACGCAGACCUAGCCAUGAUGGACGUCCAAGACGCCGAAGACGCGGCCCGCGAGACUUCCGACGCGCUGGAGCCCGACGACGGCCCCGGUGACAUGGCGCACGGCGCCCUGCAAGUCCAAGACGAGGCAGCCAAGAAACCCGAAGCGCCUGCUGGCCCCGCCAAGAAGAAGAAGCCCAAGGUCAUUGACUCUUGGGACGACGACGAGAGCAGUGAGGAUGAGGCUGCCGCUGCAGAGGCGGCCGAAGCUGCAGCCGAGGCUGCUGGGCCCGCGUGGGAGGGUGAUGGGGAGAGAAACCUCGCUCAGGUGCUGCGGAUGUUCAAGAUGGUCCAGCAGCAAUUCGACGAGAAGUUCAGGAAGCAGUGGGCUUAA